AUGGGCCAAGACCAUCGUAGGUUAGAUUCAAAGGUGAUUGCUCAACACAUAUUCACAAUAGUCAAAGCAGAUCCAACAAGUAGCAUCAGGGUUCUGCAAGAAGGUGUGGAGAAUCACUUCGAUUACAAGGUGUCCUACAGAAAGGUACUUGGGUACAACUUGUCACAUAACCUUGGCCUGGUUCAGUCGACACUGUCAUGUUUCAUUGGGUUUUUUGGAGGCACGUUACUGAUGGCCAUUGUUCAAGAUGGCAAUGCAAAUAUUUUUCCAAUUGCAUUUGUCAUUGUUGAGGGGGAGACGAAGGAGGCUUUGUCGUUCUUUCUUUUGUAUUUGUGGCAGCAUGUGACACUACAACCCGACGUCUUAGUGAUUUCAGAUAGACACAAAUUAAUUGAUACUGCGUUGAACGCCGAGAGAAGUUUAUGGAAACCACCUCAUGCCUUCCAGGCAUGUCGUACAAGACACAUUGCUGCCAACUUCAUGACUCACUUCAAAAACAAGGACUUGAAGAAGUUUCUGGUUAACGUAGCGUAUUCGAAGUCGCAGUGGGAGUUCGCUCAUUAUUUUGGCCGUCUGAGGGGCGAGAAUGUAGCAAUCAUAAACUGGCUUGAAGAAAUACCUCGAUCACAUUGGACGCAGUAUGCGGAUGAGGGUCGUCGGUUUGGUCACAUGAUGACAAACAUCUCAGAGUGCAUUAAUGCUGUCAUGAAGGGUUCUCGUAAUUUGCCCAUCACGGCUCUUGUUAAGUCAAGUUAUUUCUGUUUGGGUAAACUUUUUGCUAGGAAAAGUUUAGAGGCCCUUACCCAGCUUCAAUUUGAUCGGUCGAGGACUACGUUCACGAUUGAAGAGUUAACGGCAGUGCCUGGGUCCAGGCAACAGAAUUACCAAGUGCUACUUGAUGAGGGUAAGUAUGAUUGUGGGUAUUUUCAAACUCUUCAUGUUCCUUGCCGUCACAUUCUUGCAGCUUGCUCUCAUGCACGACUUGAUUGGAAGCGAUCCGAGUUUCGACCCAUAGGUCAUGAGGAUGAUUGUUCAUCCUAUGACGGGGCCUGGAUUCAGCCCAACCCUAAGAUGAUGAGAGUGAAGCGAGUUCGUCCUGUCAACUCCAUGAUUCGUAACAACAUGGAUGAUGUUGAGCAUAACGGGGAGAAGAAGUGCGAAUUGUGUCGUCAAGUCGUUCACAUGCGUAGGACUUGUACCGCUCUUGAUGGUGGAGGGGCAUUGUCUAGUCGACGUUAG